GCAAGAAGCAAUGAUUGAGAAUUAACUAACACGCAAGUGUGCCUUCGAACAAGUUGUUUGCGUUAUCAUGGAAGAAAAAGAAAGAGAGAGAGACCCGCAAAUUGAAUGAACUCUGAAAAGGAAAAUGACUCAUCUCCAACGGCUGGGGAAUUGAUUCAUGAUGAUAGGUUUUGAGCGAUCAAAUCUGAAUCUGAAGCAAAAGCAUCCAUUGUUAAGGUUUUUCUAUUAUUGUGUUUCUCCGCAACUCUUGCGCCUCCUCCAUAUGCUUCGCUGCAACUGUUUUCCUCGGAAGUGGAAUUCCAAUAAUACCAUCACUCUCCCUCAAUCCACAAUCUUUUCUCUUCCCGCUCCGCUUCCUCAAUGGCCUCACCCUCAAGGACAAGGUUUUGCUUCUGGAAUUGUAAAUCUUGGUGAGAUACAAGUGUUCAGGGUCACCAGGUUUGAGUUUGUUUGGAACAGCAAUGUUAUGGUAGAUAUGAGGAAAGCUGUUGCAUUCUAUAAGCCUGUGGGAGUACCUGAUGGGUUUCAUAUCCUUGGUCACUAUUGUCAACCUAGUUACAAGCCUUUUUGGGGUUUUGUACUUGUUGCUAGGGAAGUGGAAACUUGCUCAUCCGAAACAACUAACAUUUGCAACCAAGAUAAGUUACCAGCUCUGAGAAAUCCCCUUGAUUAUACCCUAGUAUGGUGUCCCAAUGCAGGAAGCAAGAAAAUGUCAUCUGUUUCUGCUUACUUUUGGUUACCCCAGCCUCCUGAAGGUUACAGGGCACUUGGCUACUUGGUUACUAACAAGCCUGAUAAGCCCGAUUUGGAUGAAAUGACUUGUGUUCGUGCUGACCUCACUGAUAAAUGUGAACCUUACAGCCUAAUAUUUGAUGCUGGCUCUGUAAUUCCGGAGUUUCCAUUUCGGGUGUGGAGUUUGAGACCGCAGGAUCGUGGCAUGCUGGGGAAAGGAGUUUCAGUAGGUACUUUUUUCUGCAGUAGUUAUUGGAACAUGGAAGAAGAGCUACCAGUUGCGUGCUUGAAGAAACUAAAUCCUGAGCUACCAGCAAUGCCAAACCUCCACCAAAUACAUGCACUGAUAAAGCAUUAUGGUCCUACUGUUUUCUUUCAUCCUGAGGAAGUUUACUUGCCUUCUUCUGUUGAUUGGUUUUUCAAUAAUGGAGCCUUGUUGUACAGAAAGGGCGUGCCUACAGGAGAGGCCAUUGAUGCAACUGGCUCAAAUUUACCAGGUGGGGGUACAAAUGAUGGGGAGUUUUGGAUAGAUUUGCCAAGUGACGAUCGAAGGGAUUUUGUCAAACACGGGGACUUGAGAAGUGCCAAACUCUAUGUUCAUGUGAAGCCAGCCCUUGGUGGAACUUUCACGGACAUUGUAAUGUGGGUUUUUUGCCCCUUCAAUGGACCCUCCACUCUGAAAUUUGGAAUUAAAAGUAUAGGAUUUAGCAAGAUUGGAGAGCAUGUGGGGGACUGGGAGCAUGUUACACUUCGUAUAUGCAACUUCAAUGGAGAGCUUUGGAGUAUAUAUUUCUCACAGCACAGUGGCGGUAAAUGGGUGGAUGCCUAUGACUUGGAGUAUAUUGAUGGCAAUAAAGCUAUUGUGUACUCAUCAAAAAGUGGACAUGCGAGUUUCCCUCAUCCUGGAACCUAUAUCCAAGGGUCUUCAAAACUUGGGAUCGGCAUUAGGAAUGAUGCUACUCGUAGUAAUUUGUAUGUGGACUCAAGCAUUCACUACGAGCUUGUUGCAGCUGAGUAUCUAGGGGAUGUUGUCACAGAGCCUCAAUGGCUGCAGUUUAUGAGAGAGUGGGGCCCUAAAAUUGUUUAUGGUUCAAAAACUGAGCUGGAUAAGAUAAUAAAUGCUCUUCCUCUCAGGCUUCGAAAUUCAUUCGGUAACUUACUUAAAAAGCUUCCGGUGGAGCUGUAUGGUGAGGAAGGUCCUACAGGACCAAAAGAGAAAAAUAACUGGAUAGGAGACGAAAGAUGGUGACUCUGUGCAUUGGUCAAAUCGGCAAGUUCUAGGCCAGAAAUGUUGUAAUUGUAUGUGACAGCUAUCUGUAUUGUACAUUUAUAGAGAGAGAGAGAGAGAGAGAGAGAGAGAGAGAGAGAGAGAGAGAGAGUUCUGGUAUAGUUGUGGGUGGUGCUUGUAAUCAUAUAUAUAUAUCAUUACAUGAGUAUUUUU